GGGAGGUGUUCGGGGGCCGAGAGGUGGCGUCGACGAGGCUCCUCAUCACUCGCACCGCCGAAUAUUGGUCGUUAAUCUGCGUGUUCUGGCGAGGGCGGCCCAGCUUUUGCCUCGCAGGAAUCCUCAUCACGCACCCGUUCGAGCUCGACGUCGAAUUUCGCUGAUCUCCCAGUUAGGUUUUUUGCUCUUUGGUGGGUGGGUAAAACCUCUUGGUAAGAAAAAGGAGCUGCACGCCGCGGAUUCAUGCUCAAUUUUUACGCCUCAGAGUGACGCUCCGCUCUUCGGCUGGUUGGGUUUCUAGACAAGAGAAGGUCAUGGCGACGGCAGUGGCAGCCGGGUCGCAGGCGAGUGUGGUGGCAGUGCAGUGGAGAGGCAAGGUGGGGAAAUCCGGAUGGGGAGGAGCAUGCGGGAGUGGCCCAAUGUCGACGUAUAUUUCACGUAGUGUGUGGAGAACUAACGGCCCUAGAAAGCAAUUGAAUGGUAUUAGAGUGCGGCGCGUGACGAGAUGUGAAGCUUCGGGUAGGGGUUUCGAUAGUCAGGUUAGUCGAAUGGCAGAAGAAGCACGUCGAAGCGCUGGCAAGGCAGCUCGUGCGUUUGGCGAAAAAGCUGACCAGGUUUUUGAAGACGUUAAGCGCAAGGCCGUCGAUUUCCAAGAGAAAAAUGAUGUACAGGGCAAGGCCCGGCGAGCGGUAAAAACUGUUAACUUAAAGUUUGAAGAGUUUGCGUAUGAUUUCAAUAAACAAUUGGGAAAGUGGGACCGACAGUAUCGAGUUACAGAAAAGGCGCAGCAGGUGAAAGAAUAUGCGACUGAGCAAGCUCAGAAUGUGGAUAGGCAAUUCGGGAUACGGCAGAAGGCUCGUAACGCAACAACAGAUUUCCGUCUCAAGUUUCCAACUUAUCGAAGACAAUUUACUACUUUCUUGGAGACUCCGUUUGGCAAGACUGUUGUGAGUCUUUUCCUGGUAUGGUUUAUUGUGUCUGGGUGGGCUUUCAGAAUCUUUUUCUUCUCGCUUUGGUUUCUACCAUUCGCAGGUCCGUUCCUUUUAGGAACAAUCUCGAAGGCUGCAGUUGUUGAGGGGGCUUGUCCGAAUUGUGGGGCUCGCUACGUUGGAGGGCGAAGUCAAGUGGUAACCUGUCAACGAUGCAGAGGAGUGGUGUGGCAACCACGACAAGAUUUUUCAAGGGAAGGGUUCUCCAAGGAAGACAAGAGUGAUCCAACCAUCAUUGAUGUCGAUAUUGACACCGACUAGUCCCUUUUCAAUGCAGUGUUUUCGGAUUAAAAAAACAACUGAUUUUCCUGUAUCAAAGAUUUUUGUAUCAUUACUUGGUGACUUUGCGCUUGGAAAUAACUCGAGUAACGCUCUCAGGAUGUGAGCAUGACAUACUUCGUAGAUGAGCAAUCCAAGUUGCACGGUGUGCACUAUUAUAUAGAGUGAGGAGUAUUCACACGUUAUCGGAGAAAUUCAAUAUGACGGUUAUUGCUACCAGAUCCUAUCGUCACUUCUUUUUUUUCUA